CAGAUGCUUUGCGCAUGAACAGUGUCCUCCAAUCUACUUUCAGUUCCGGUGUGAACGACGUGUUGUGCUUCCGGUGAUCACUUUGUCGGGUUCGUUGCUUCCUAGUGGUGUCGUUGGGCUAUUGUCAUCGAGUAUGGCUGCAUUGGGCCCUGAGUGCUCCCAUUCUGGGGCUCUGGUAACCCAAGACCUGACUUCCAGCGUUGUAGCUGUGCCGACAUCGGAGAACACAGAGGAGAAGAAGCCAAAGAAGAAGGUGCUGAGUGAGGAGACGUACAUAGAGAAUCUGCAGAAAAUCAUCCAGAGAGAUUUCUAUCCUGAUGUAGAAAAGCUGCGGGCUCAGAAGGAAUACUUAGAGGCAGAAGAGUCUGGAGAUCUUGAGAAGAUGAGGCAGAUAGCUAUCAAGAUUGGGACAUCGGUGAGGAUGUCUAGAGAUACUCCGUUACCUUAUGUUACACCUGCCACAUUUGAAACACCUGAUGGCGGUAUUCCUGGUACACCUUCUUUGGCUGCAAAGCACAGAACAGGAGAUGAAGAAGGCGAGAACACAGAAGAGGAAAGUCGGGAGCUUCCCAGCCUUGAUAAUUUUUUAGCAAAACACACAAGUGAGGACAACGCUUCCUUUGAACAAAUAAUGGAAGUGGCAAAAGAGAAAGAGAGAGCACGGAAUUUCUGGCUAUAUGAAGCUGAAGAAGAGUACAGACAGCGGUUUCAGAAUAACCUGGCUCUCCCUUCUGCUGAAUUGCAAGCCAUAGAAAAUGUAAAAGCGGGACUAGACACCUGGGAGUACAAAACACAUAACAGCCUCAUGUACUAUCCUGCAGGUGUGCCAGAUAAUGAUCUCAUCUUCAAAAAACCUCGGGAGGUGGUCCAUAGAAACACACGUUUCCAGAAGGACCCAUUUAGUCAAGCCUUGAGUAAGACACAGCUCCAACAAGCAGCUGCCUUGAAUGCACAAUAUAAACAAGGGAAGGUAGGCCCUGAUGGGAAGGAACUGAUACCACAGGAAUCCCCAAAAGUCAAUGGCUUUGGAUUUAUGGGCACUCCAUCACCUGCUCCUGGAGUUGACGAGUCCCCUUUAAUGACAUGGGGUGAGGUUGAGAGCACUCCUUUUCGUUUAGAUGGUUCAGAGACCCCAUAUUUGGAAAAGGCACCUGGUCCAUCAUUUAAGAUUCUGGAACCUGGCCGCAGGGAGCGUUUGGGUCUGAAAAUGGCCAAUGAGGCAGCAGCAAAGAACAGAUCGAAGAAACAGGAAGCAUUAAGAAAAGUGACAGAGAAUCUAGCUAGCCUUACACCCAAAGGUCUGAGCCCCUCCAUGUCUCCUGCUCUUCAGCGUUUGGUUAAUAGGACUUCAAGUAAAUACACAGAUAAAGCUUUAAGAGCAAGUUACACCCCAUCUCCUGCACAUACAGGCUUGCAUGCCUUGAAGUCACCAGGAGGAUCUCGUCUAACGCCCACUGUAACCCCCACUCCUGGGGCUGCUUCACAGACUCCUACUGUUCCUGAUUCCACUACUAUUACUGAUAACCUGCUGCAUUUACCCAAACGAAGAAAAGCAUCAGAUUACUUCUGAUUUGAAAAAUUGACUUUAUAAAUUCUAGACUUUUAUAGAUUGGCCUGAUUUCUAAGUGACUUGGACAACAACUCAUUGUUAUUUCACACACAGUCAAGAUUAAGGAAUUGCAAAAUAUGUUUAAAUCUCUUUUUGGAGAUCAUUUAUAUGAAAAUGCUAAUUUACUAGCAACUACUAUGUGUAUUUUCUAAUUAUUAUUAUUUAAACGUGGAUCUGUGCAUUGGGUAUUUCACAAAGAUGUUAAAGUGACAGUAAACAAUAUCCUUAUUUCCCCAAAAAUAAUCCAUACACAUUCACUACCUAAUAACCAUGUAAUCUAUUUUUCAUGUGUUUUUUUUGCCUCCUUGUAACACCCUCUCUGUGAUUCAGAACCCCUCCUUUUCCCUCU